AUGGAAAGUCUCGAGGGUGUCGGAGACGAGCCUAUGCAAGAUGUCUUCCUCAAAGACGAUCUUAGCCCGACCAUCGCCGAGCAUGCGACACAAUGUCAGUAUCUUUUUCACAAGUACAUGGCCACGCCAGAAAUCGUGCCAGACCCUACUAUCAUGGACGAUCAGCUGGCACGCUUUUCUCUGUGGGCAUCAAACAUGGAUGUUUACGGGGCGCCCAAUGUCUCGCUUGAUUACAGACUGAGAUUCAGUCCUUUGGCCGCGGAUAUCAUACAUCAGCUCUUGAAUAUAAUUUACGAUACCUUGCUGUCUUUGAAGCCAAUCGACGAGCGACCGCCAAAAAGUCCGAGCAGGAAGAGACAACGCAUUUCAGUGCAUAGCAAUUUGGGAGUUACGCGGAGAGUGGACGACGAUACAAGCGAUUCAGAGAGCGACCUCGAUCCAGCAGAAGAGAACAUUUUGAAGAUCACCGAGACAAUCGGCGGAACGUUAACGCGGCUCUUCCGUCUGUCCAACGCCGUUCGCAAGUCCGCUAAAGCUAACCGGGCACGCAAGAUCGAAAGUUACAGAGAUGACGAAGAGGCAAACAAGGCCAUAGACGAAUUGCGUCUCUAUACCAAAUGCUAUAUCGAAUUGCGAUUUCCGAAGGCGCCGAAGGCGCUCCGCUCAGCAUUGGUUGAAGCCAACACACUGCGACUUCGACGGCUGUAUUAUCAGCACUCGCAUCGAAAGCGCAUUGGUCUGAGUAUCGAGAGCCCGGAAAUGAUUCCGGCCGUUGCUCAACUCCCCAAAAUGGAGGAAAUUUCGCCCGCUGUACGGUUUGUGCCGAGCGCGCUGCGAAAGCCUGCGAGGACUAACAACCCAACGGCCCCUUCGCCCGCGCCAGCAACGAAUGCGACUACUGCUCGACAAACUGCUGUUGCGGCCUUUUACGCUAAAUCCAUAACUGAGGUUCCCCAGGCUAAAUCUGUUCUUGUGAACAACAAGUUGUCGUUCCCUCCCAUACCGCGUGCGCAGCAGUGUCCAUACUGUGGCGUCAUUAUUGAAUUCAAAAAAAAUGCAAGCUUAUCGCUGUGGCAGUAA